AUGGGGAAGACUAGUGACUUGACCCUUGUCCAGAAGACGAUCAUCGACACCCUCCACAAGGAGGCUCUUAUAGAGGCACCUAAACCUCUUCUGACAGUUCAGCCUGAACCAUCACAGAUAGUCAGAGGAGAGGCUGUCACUCUCACAUGUGACAUACAGGGGGAAGGUUGGACAUACAAUUGGCAGUGUGGAGAAGAACAGGACAACUCUGUGGAGAAAGAACUCAAGAUCACUGUAGAAAGUCAACAGAAAUGCAGGUGUUACGGCUGCAGACAAUCAUUCUGCUCUCAAUUGAGUGAAAAUGUGACUCUCGCUGUGUUGGAGAGACCCAAACCUUGUCUGAAUGUUCAGCCUGAACCAUCACAGAUAUUCAGAGGAGAGACGGUCACUCUCACAUGUGACAUUCAAGAGACAGAUGUCAGCAGCUGGAUCUACAGCUGGAAUAAAGAUGAUUCACUGAUUCAUGUCAGUCAAUCACAGGAAUACCGAAUCAGUGCUGUUAGUGAAUCUCACACGGGUAAUUACAGCUGUACUGGAAGAGAAACACGAGGAUCACGAUACUCACGCACCAGUGAUAAAGUUACACUGACCGUAUCAGGUUCAGAAGCUCCAUUGCCGGUUCUCUCAGUUCUCAAACUGCUCAGCUUUCUUCUGGCAGCUUCUCCGUAUCUGCUAGUAUCCAUCAUACUGGGAGUCAAAUGCUACAGAGCUCAUGUUCAGACUGAUGGGAUUUAUCAAUAUAUUGUUACAGAGGUGUGAAAGUCUGAAGUCCAGAACAUUAUCAAAUAUUAAAUAUUAAUUAAAAUUAAUAUUGUUCUUGUUUUCAACAUUAUUCAGUUAUAUUUAUAAUUUGUCUGACAACAUCAAGACUUGAGUGAAGUGUCUUUGAAUUGUUUUCUGCUGUUUUUCUCUGUUUUAAAUAUGUUGAAGCAAAUUUUCAAAUGUUUAUCCUUAUUGUUUUGCUGAAAUGAUUUUUUAUUUAAUCUGAAGCUAUUAUUUGAAUUGCAGAUCAAAUCUUGGACAGUCCAUGUGUCUUGAAUUUCUUGUUAUUUAACUUGUCAAAUAAUGCAACAAAUACUGGAGAAUAGCAUGUUAUUGUGAGUGUUAUAAAAGCAAAAUACUAGCAUUUGCUGAUUGCUUUUGCUAAAUGGAAGCCUGUUUCAGGUACAAAAAUAAAGUUGCAAAUAUACAUUUUGAAAAAUUGUAGAAAUUUACAAUUACAUAUGCUAUUAGCUCAAUAAAUGGCUUCCAACUAAUGAUCCUGCAACAGUUAUACUCAAAUAACUGAGUAUCACAAAAAAGAUGCAUUGUGGUAAUCACAGCUUAGGGUCUUCAGUUAAAAAAAAAAAAAAAGGGUAGACUGAGUACAGUAGACACUUUCUGCUUUUUCAUCACUACACAAAAACUAGAUGCUGAAAUGAAGCGAUUUUUCACAUGAUAUUUAUUUUAUGUACUAAAAUAUCAUAAUUUGAUAAUAGCCAUAAGUAGUUUAUAUUUUCCCCAAUGAACUCAUAAACAUAAGGUGCAUCUUUGUCUCAACUGUACCCAUAUAGUGUACAGCUGAAACAGUACCGUGGUACAGUUGAGACACCCAUUCUUAAUGCUCUAAAGCUGGCUAACCAUUUAUUACACAUAAUAAAUUACAGUUGUUGUUUUUUUUUAAUUCAGAUGUAUUUAUUCGCUUUAUUUAAUUCAGAUUCAGUUAAACAAAACAGGAACAAAAUAUUUUACACUGGAAAAGAUAAGUGGCAAACAGUACAAAUGUAAACAUAACAGUAAAAAUAACAAUGGAAAUAGUAAUGGAAAACAACAAAAACAAAUAUAAAGUCCACUCAUUGACUAUAUUGCCUGACACGCAUGCAAACACACACACAUGCACGCAGGUAUUUCUAACAUUGCAGAGACAUCCAUAAGCAUAGUAGUUUUUAUACUGUACAGACAGUAUAUUAUAUCCACCUACAUACCUGUAUAUUCCAUAACCCCAUCCCUAAACCUACCCAUAACUCCACAAGGAGAGCGGGCUGCUCAGUAACCUCUGGGACCACAAGAGUCAGGUCCUCCAGGACCACCAGACUUGGGACCACAGAAGUCGGGUCCUCCAGGACCACCGGACUUGGGACCACAGAAGUCGGGUCCUCCAGGACCACCGGACUUGGGACCACAGGAGUCGGGUCCUCCAGAACCACCGGACUUGGGACCACAGAAGUCUGGUCCUCCAGAACCACCGGACUUGGGACCACAGGAGUCGGGUCCUCCAGCACCACCGGACUUGGGACCACAGGAGUCGGGUCCUCCAGAACCACCGGACUUGGGACCACAGGAGUCGGGUCCUCCAGCACCACCGGACUUGGGACCACAGGAGUCGGGUCCUCCAGCACCACCGGACUUGGGACCACAGGAGUCGGGUCCUCCAGAACCACCGUGGCAAGGAGCUCUCCUUCUCAUCUGAGAACGAGGCGACCCGGCGGGAAAUGGCAGAGCACUUCUCUGAGAUUUUGGCAAUGGCUGGCGUGAAGAAGAGUGUGGAAAUAAUGCCAAAAUGUUCACCUUCCCCAUGCGU